GAGCAUGAUUUUGUUUUUAGCAAAUAGAAAGCCAAAGCAGAGCAUUCUUGUAAGGAAUCGUCUCCCCUUUCAAUCUCGUCUCUCCUCCGGCAGCCUCAUCCUCUCCCUCUCUCUCUCUCUCUCGCUCUCUCCCCCUCUCUCUCUUCCCUUGGAGACUGUCGGGAUCUCUGUCUUUAUCUAUUUAUUUAUAAAUCCAGAUCCCAUUUCCUAAAAAUCGUCGCAUAAUUAAAAUCUCCUCUGUUUUCGACAAUUCUUGAAAUGGGCGCUUACAGAGCCGAUGAUGAUUACGAUUACCUGUUCAAGGUGGUGCUGAUCGGCGACUCCGGCGUCGGAAAAUCCAAUCUCUUGUCCCGUUUCACCCGAAACGAAUUCAGCCUCGAGACCAAAUCGACCAUCGGUGUUGAAUUCGCUACCCGUAGUAUUCGCGUCGAUGACAAGAUCGUCAAGGCUCAGAUUUGGGACACUGCCGGCCAAGAAAGGUACCGAGCGAUUACGAGCGCGUAUUAUAGGGGAGCGGUAGGAGCAUUGAUAGUGUACGACGUGACGCGGCACGUGACAUUUGAGAAUGUGGAGAGAUGGCUGAAGGAGUUAAGAGGGCACACGGAUCACAACAUAGUGAUAAUGCUGGUAGGGAACAAAGCGGAUUUGCGGCACCUGAGGGCAGUGUCGAUGGAGGACGCGCAGGCAUUUGCAGAGAGGGAGAGAACAUAUUUCAUGGAGACAUCAGCAUUAGAGUCAUUCAACGUCGAGAAUUCCUUCACGGAGGUUCUCACGCAGACCUACAGAGUGGUGAGCAGGAAGAUCCUUGACAUUGGAGAUGAUCCCACAGUCCUGCCUAAGGGACAGACCAUUGACAUUGGCUCCAAGGAUGAUGUCUCUGCCGUUAAGAAGGCUGGCUGCUGUUCUUCAUAACAAUCUUCAAAAUACUUAAAAUCAAUUCAUUCCUCAAAUGGGUCUCUCUUUAAUUUUGGUUUUGUUUUGUUUUCUAAAUUUUGUUUGGUUUUUUAUUUUUUUUGUUGGGGAAAUGUUAAAUGAUCAUGUGUGUUCCUUGGAAUGCAUAAUUUCUAGUGCUGUUUUUAGGUAGGCUGUACCUAUGAAUUUGAUGGAUGCUUAGAACAACAACAACAA